ACUAUUGCUAAUUCACCGAGAGAUCGCUGAUUGCCCUUUUCCAUCUUAGUUCCGAUCGAUCGAUCGCUCAUCCGUCGUCGUUCGUUCUUGGCUCAUCGGAAUCGUGGGUUGGAGUGCUGGAGUGGGUCACCGCUCUUUAUCUGCAGCGAUGUGUAAGUAGGUCCAGAAGUACCGCCUUUAAUUCUGUACAUAUUCGCGGUUUUCCGCUCUGUUCAGCUACUGGAGCCGUGCGUAGCAAUCAGUCUGCACUUGGAAACGACUCUGAAUGAGGCCGUGAUUUUCUGAAGGAGGUUGCCUCUUGUUCAGUUUGGGUUAAGUUCGUGAACGUUGGAAGAGUAUCGGAGGAGCGUCAAGAUGGGGUGGGGCAGGCGAGCGUUGGGACUCUCCCUUGUGUUGUUGGUAAUUGCGAUAGGUCAACAAGCUGAUGCCGGGAGAGCGAACGCGAUCGUGGACUAUGAAGGGAAUCAGUUGCAUUCCGAUGAUGCCAUUUUGGAUGUGUUUCACCAGUGGCUUGAGACCCACUCCCGGGUGUAUCGCUCCUUGAGCGAGAAACACCACCGGUUUCAGAUUUUCAAGGAAAACUUUUUGUACAUUCAUGCUCACAACAAGCAGCAGAAGAGCUACUGGUUGGGCUUGAAUAAGUUCAGUGAUCUUACCCAUCAGGAGUUCCGGGCUCAGUAUUUGGGUACCAAGCCGGUGAACCGCCAGCGUAAGGAAGCCAAUUUCAUGUACGAAGAUGUUGAGGCGGAGCCCAAGGUGGAUUGGCGCCUGAAGGGUGCGGUCACGGACGUCAAAGAUCAAGGCGCAUGUGGGAGUUGCUGGGCGUUUUCUGCGGUCGGUUCGGUUGAAGGAGUGAAUGCAAUUAAAACCGGAGAAUUGGUUUCCUUGUCUGAGCAGGAGCUCGUGGACUGCGACAGGAAGCAGAACCAGGGAUGCAAUGGUGGUCUUAUGGACUAUGCAUUCGAGUUUAUUAUCAAGAAUGGUGGUAUUGACACUGAGAAGGAUUAUCCUUACAAGGCCAGAGAUGGUCGGUGCGAUGAGGGAAGAAGGAAUUCCAAAGUUGUGGUCAUUGACGACUACCAAGACGUGCCUACCCAAUCUGAGAGCGCUCUGAUGAAGGCACUGACGAAAAACCCUGUCAGUGUUGCAAUCGAGGCUGGAGGUCGUGACUUUCAGCAUUAUCAAGGGGGAGUCUUCACCGGUCCUUGUGGUUCCGAGCUCGACCACGGUGUACUAGCCGUCGGUUAUGGAACCGAUGACGAUGGUGUCAACUACUGGAUUGUCAAGAACUCAUGGGGCCCAGGUUGGGGAGAGAAAGGUUACAUCCGUAUGGAGCGUUUCGGCUCUGACUCUACUGACGGGAAGUGUGGUAUCAACAUCGAGGCCUCUUUCCCAAUUAAGAAGGGACCCAACCCUCCUCCAAGUCCUCCCUCUCCUCCCUCUCCCAUCAAACCACCGUCGCAGUGUGACAAUUCUCACUCAUGCCCUGCUUCUAGCACUUGCUGCUGUGCAUUCAACAUUGGUAAGUACUGCCUCCAGUGGGGCUGUUGCCCGAUGGAAUCCGCCACCUGCUGCGAGGAUCACUACCAUUGCUGCCCCUCGGACUUCCCGGUUUGCAACCUGCGAGCCGGACAGUGUCUCAAGGACAAGAGAAACCCGUUUGGCGUGCCAAUGUUAGAGCGAACUCCUGCUAAAUUCAACUGGCCCAAGUUCUCCUUCGAAGAGGAGAAAAAGGCUUCCUUUUAGAGAGAUGCAGUUCUCUUAGCUUUGACGUAUUUACGGUUCCCGUUUCUCGCCAGUCUGAAGAAAUUAUUAGACUUUUUCCAUCAUUUUAUUGGCAAACGCUGGAGGAUUAAAUCUCUAUCCAAGGUAAAGUGCUUCAUAGUUGGUCAAUAGUCUCUGGCUAAGCUCUCUGAAUGAGCUGGCUGUGCACUAGGUUUCGGAGAUAUUCGUUGUGUAGUUGCGAAGGUAUUAGCUGAUGCCCCAUUGUAUAGUUCGGACAUGAGCUCUAUUUGUUUGCAUAGUUUGUAUGUACAUAUUUUACCAGAAAAUGAAAAGAAAAAGGCUUUUAGACCUAGGGAAGUGAUGUUACAGCAUCCUCAGUUAAGUCUUUAAAAUGGCAUUUCUCCUUAUUGCUCCUUGGUAUGCCAAGGAACACUUUUCCUAUAAUCCAAACAGUGAUAUACAACUAUCUCUGCCUUUCUCCGA